AUGAGAUUACUAUCACAAAUAUUUCAACCGGUCAUUACAAUACCGAAAGGGGCUAAGAUUAAAAACACUGAAAUUACUUGUAAAAGCCAAAAGCUUCUUCUAGAAUGUGGGCUUGUUCGUCCAACAAGUGCUGGAUUCUUCACCAUCUUACCCCUUGCAAGACGGGCUGUAACAAAACUUGAAAACAUAAUUACUACCUGCUUAGACAAUAUUGGAGCUCAGAAAAUAAGUCUUCCAUGUUUGACAAGCGCUAAACUAUGGAAAGCUAGCGGCAGGUUGGAGGACGUCGGGCCUGAGUUAAUUAACAUUGAGGAUAGACAUGGAAAAAACUAUAUAUUAGCACCAACACAUGAAGAAGCGAUUGCUGAUCUGCUGGCUGAUCUUGGUUCACUAACGUAUAAACAGCUACCAUUUAUACUAUACCAGACUGGCAACAAGUACCGCGACGAACACAGACCAAAGCACGGACUUUUACGUGCGAGAGAAUUUAAUAUGUUAGAUUCAUACAGCAUCCAUGCUUCCAACUCUUGCGCAGCUCAAACUUAUGACGUUGUUACACAGGCUUAUAACAAAAUAUUUAGGAUUAUAGAUUUACCUGUGAGUCGGGUGAAAGCCCCGUCAGGGAAUAUGGGUGGUAGUCUGUCCCAUGAAUGGCAGUUGCCGGCCCCCGCUGGUGAGGAUAGUAUAUCUGUCUGUACGGCUUGUUCUCAUACAACCCUAGAAGGAGACGCUUGCGAAAAAUGUGGAGGGAAAGUGGAAAAAAUUAAUAGUAUUGAGGUAGGCCAUACUUUUAUAUUAGGCACAAAAUACAGCGAGCCGCUAAAAGCUAACUUCGUUGCCCCGGACUCGUCCGGGCCAGUACAUAUGGGGUGUUAUGGGAUUGGAAUAACUAGAUUACUAGCAGCCAGUAUAGAAGCCUUAUCAAGUGAUACGUGUAUUCGAUGGCCGAAAGCCAUAGCGCCCUACUCAGCCAUUAUUAUAGGACCAAAGGAGGGUUCCAAGGAGUGGUCUGGGCAUGACUUCUCAAAAGUGCAAUCUAUAGCGGAAACGCUGGAACAAAAUGGAUUGAAGGACGACGUUCUAAUAGAUGAUCGACACGGACUUACUAUUGGGAAAAGAAUGAUGUUAGCUGGCAGAAUGGGAUACCCUUACAUUAUAGUGUGUGGAAAAUCUACCCUACAGACACCCCCUCGAUAUGAAGUACACGGCGGUGGACCACCACGUAUGGUCACCAUAAACGAACUUCUAACUAUUAUAAAUACAGAUAAAAUGAAGAAAAUUAAUGUAGAGUAUACUGAAAAUGUG